UUCGAAUGUCCAGUCGAGUUAGAUCUCCACUUGCCACUUGAUGAAAUAGUUGAACUCGGUUGAGUUUGAUCAGGUCGAAUCUACAGACCCGUUAUCGAGAAGCACGCCCGGCCUCUGUGGCUGUGACGGCUCAUCAGUCUUUUGCAUAGACGUGACUUCAGCACUACUCACAGAAGAUUUGCCAAAGGACUCUAAGAGUCACCCGACCCGGUACUUAUAUGCCACACGGUCGACUCUAAUACAACCACCAUCAACUUCGAUACUUCUCUCUACCUUACUCGAAUAACUAAUUCUCACGGAUCACCGCCACAACUCCUCUCUCACGAUGACAUUCGGAGCCAUUGCUCUCCCCGCCGAAUCAUCCGGAUCGGCUGGAAGCAGCCAGACCUCGCCUUCUGGUACCAAACGCAAACUUCCUGAUUCGGACCCCAACACUUCCUUCGACUCUGUAGACUCCAGAUCAGAUUCGAAAGCCGGGGCCGACAAGGCUACUACCUCUUCGAAGGCUGGACGGAUGAAGCAGAAGGGCGAUCGGUUUCACCCGUUGUUCGACAAGACCGACGAGAAGGAUAAGAACAAGAACGGUAACAGCACCGCAGUGAAGGAAGGAUCGGAUCUGGUCAAGAAACGUCGAAAGAUCGACCUCGACCCCGAAGAUCCAGUCAGCCGCAACAGUACCAAUUCGAAGGAGAGCAGCUCGAGGUCCCGAUCAGACUCGAACUCCAAGAGGAAACACUCGUCCUCCAGCCACAGUCACAGUCAUAGUCACAGUCAACGACAGAAACUGAAGUCCCUCAUGCGUCCCUCGAAACCGACUUACGAAAAGGAAGAUGCCACGCACCUCGUCACCGCGCUCAAGGAUAGUCAGGACGAAGUGGACAGGUUGAGAGCCGAGUUAAAGGCGGCCAAGGAGAAGGAAGACAGGGUGACGGUCGAGUUGAAGGAGGCCAAGGAAAAGGAGGACGGGGUGAGGGUCGUACUGGAUAGAUUUGAGGAGGAGCUUUGUUGUGGGAUUUGUCAGGAGAGUUUUAUCGAUCCCGUCACCGUUCAACCAUGCGGCCACUCUUACUGCGGGAAAUGCAUGAGAGACUGGUUGAAAUCCUACAAGAUCAACGAAAAGCUCGUCUGGACCCUCCCCGGGCAUACCUCGAACCUCUUGGAAGUCACUCACGCUCAACGAAAACGCGCUGGAGAACUGAACUUGAAAACCGCCGUCCACAAGGUCAACAUCCCCGCCCCUCCCCCUAGCGUCAAGUAUAAUCAGUGGGGAGAGGCUUAUGUUGAUGAUGAGGGUUCGGAUAGCGAGGGGAGCGAGGACGAGGAUGAGGUUAUCGAGGAUGUGAAUGGGAAUGCUGCGGCAGGGACGCAUGGCUAUCAAGAUGACUAUGACUCGGAGGAAGAUGAAGACGACGAUAGGAGCGAUAGGAGUGGGUCUCAUGUUUCUGACGAUGGAUCUGAAGCCCCACCACCAGCUGUCAACGAGGUAGUCGCACCACCUCCCAUCGCUACAGAAGAGGCAGUCGCUCCGGCUUCUGAAAUUGCUGCCAAAGAAGCUGUUCCAGUGGAGCCCGUCGACGCUCAAGCUGAUGCUGCCAUGGCGAUCGACGAAGUCCCUCCACCGACUCAACCUGGAGAGGCCACUCCCGAUCUCGGAGAAGCUCAGCCUGCUGUUAUUAACCCUGAACAAACCGCAAAUCCUGUUGCAGUGGUCGCCGGUCUGGAGCAGCCCCCUGGUCAAGCUGUACCUCCCCGCAAUAUCUUUCCUGCUCACAUCACAGCUCAUGCAGCCGGCGUUGCUGCUACGAUUGACGCUCCUGCACCGCCCGCUGUGGCGCCAGCCCCUGGGCCAGUUGAGAUCAAGCUAGGAGAGGGAAAACUGUCAAGCAAGGGAUUGAGCUGCGUGUUUUGCAAACGGACGCCGAUUACGGGAAUCGUCCCGGCUCUGGCUUUGGGUGCCGCUACGGAAUUACUAGUCAAGGCUCGACCGGAGUUUGCGAGGGAACAAGAAGCUAUCGAUGAUCACCGCAAAACUUAUGAGAAGGGCCAGGCUCUCAGUUUCCCCAUCCCAAUCUCUGCCGUUCCUUCGUUUGUCGCCGUUCAAAAAGAUCCGGUUCGAAUCUAUCGAGAUCGCGAGGGCGAAGGUCUCAACGAGCGAUACUGGAAACCCUGCAAACACUGCCCGGCGCCUGGUAGGGUUCCCGGUAGAUUCGUCUGCCCAAUCCCGGUACCCAACCCAAAUCGCCGUUCGACUCGUCUCUCUCGAGAUCUGCCUUGUCCCGGGCAUGUGCUAUGUGGUCGUUGCGAGACGCUUACCCCUGAAUCCCUGGCGAGAGUGUGUGAUGGAUGCGGCGAAAGUGCAUGCAAAUCGUGUGACAUGCCCUUAUUGAAGCAUUUGCAUGAACCGCACAUGUAUGCGGAGUAUUUGAUGUAUCCUGAAGACCUUGGAAACAAUGCCGUCCAUUACCCUCAAUUUGCUAAAUCACUGCUCGCGGCGUUCCGCCACAACGCCACCGAGGCCGCCAUCUUCUUCGCUUGGGCACAGAAACAGUCUCGACUAGCCAGCGCUGGGCUCGCGCCAAACACUUCGUACCUCAAUCGACCCAAAAGGUUUUCGACCAGCCACGUCUUUACCGAACUGUCGAGCUGGUUGUCGUCGACCGAGGGAGUCGCUGCGAACGGAUUGAAAGGCCUGUUCGAGCGAUUUGGCAUUCAGGGCGGCCUACAGAAGCCCACCGGGGGGACGGGGAGAUUUUGCGGUUCUUGCGGAGGUACCAUCUUCAAGGCUGGACUGGCCGAGUGGUGGAUGCGACAUUCGAAGAAGACCGCGGUCGAAGCCGUCAUCCCGACUGCCAUCAAGGACAGGGUCAAGUGCAAGUGGGGAAAUACAUGCUUCUAUCAAGCCAACGAGACUCACGCCGAGCAAUAUUCCCAUCUAUGCGCCCGCAUGACCGACGAAGAGAUCGCUGCGCUCCCCGAGGAGCAGACAGCGCCUACCAAUACUGGGACCGAGAACGACACCGCAGCCUUUUGCAAAGCCCAUAAAUCGGCUCGACUGCUGUUCGAAUUGGACGCAGCUCCAGCACCCGUCGCUGCACCGCCCGUCGCUAACACCGAAGACGUCCCAGCCGACGUUCCUGUUGCGAACGAGGCUGUCGCUGGCGACGUUCCGCCUGCACCGGCGGCCAACCCCGCUGCUGACGACCCAGCUCAAAUCAAUGAAAACCCUGCCAACCCCGGAUCCGAUGCGGCUUCCCAGGGAGACGACCACAUUACGCAAGAUGAAGAAGCCGCAUGGCACGCCGCCGUAGAAGCCACUCUAUCGGCUCACGAUGGUUCCGAAGAUUGGUAGACAGACCAGCUCGAUCGACGAACUUUUCCCCAUACCAUUUCUCUGCUUUCACGAUCACUUUCAUGACCUUUUCGUCUUACGCUCCACACUCGUUGUAAGAUUUCUCUCGCAUGCGACGACCACCGCAGACAUGUCUUUGCACGAUAU